AUGGCUUCGCAUCCUCCAUCUCUGCGGCAGAGGCAAAUUGCUUCCAUUGAGAAGAUCCUAAAUCUGAACCAUGAAGCGCCUCACCAAACUGAAUUCCAAGGCGACGCUGCCAGCCCGACAGGCCUAAUACACUCCACUCCCAUCCUCAAUGAAGAUGGCGAUCCCAUAUGGAAAGUGCUGGUGUUUGAUAACUUGGGCCGAGAUGUUAUAAGUAGCGUUUUACGAGUGAACGACCUGCGAACUUGGGGUGUUACGAUUCAUCUAAAUAUCAAUAGCCCUCGAUACCCAAUUCCCGAUGUUCCUGUGAUCUACUUCGUUGAACCAACCCCAGAGAACGUACAACUCGUGACCUCAGACCUUUCCAGGGAUAUCUACUGCCGCGCAUACGUAAAUUUCAUAUCUUCCGUUCCGCGGCCACUCUUAGAGGACUUUGCAUCUCAAAUAGCCUCCACGGGGACAUCAGAAAAAGUUGCCCAAGUUUAUGAUCAGUAUUUGAACUUUAUUGUUUCAGAACCAGAUUUGUUCAGUUUAGGGAUGGGGAAAGACAUGUAUUGGAAAUUAAACAGUGCCAAAACCACGGACGAGGAAUUGGAUAACAUGAUAGACAGAAUUGAUAACUUGUUCUCCAGUGCAUCCCAACGACAGGGUGUUGGCGUCCCAUCAGUCCGCCCGGUUCUCAUUAUCGUUGACCGUAAUGUGGACCUUGUUCCUAUGCUUUCCCACUCUUGGUCUUACCAAUCACUGGUUCAUGAUGUCUUAAAAAUGCAUCUUAACCGUAUCACCGUGGACGUACCAGUCGACGACUCAAACCCAGCAAAGGGCACCACGAAACGUUCAUAUGAUUUGAGUGUGAAUGAUUUUUUUUGGAACCGCAACGCAAGCGUCCCAUUUCCACAGGUGGCCGAAGACAUUGACGCUGAGUUGACGCGGUAUAAGGAAGACGCGGCUGAGAUCACGAGGAAGACAGGCGCUUCUUCCAUCGAAGAUCUUCAAAAUGAUAUGGGCGCAUCCGCUCAACACCUCAAAACUGCCAUCACACUUCUUCCAGAGUUGCGGGAACGCAAGGCACUGCUCGACAUGCACAUGAACAUCGCUACUGCUCUUCUGAAGGGAAUUAAGGAUCGACAACUAGAUAAUUACUUCCAGCUUGAGGAAAACAUUAUGAAGCAGAAUAAAUCACAAAUCCUCGAAAUAUUGUGCAAUGCUGACGGAGGCACCGAUCCAUCCGACAAACUAAGGUUCUUUUUAAUUUGGUUCCUAAGCACAGAAACAGACCUCUCAAGAGCAGAGUUGAACCGCUUUGAAGAGGCGCUCAUGCAAGCCGGAUGCACAGACAUUGACGCAGUAGCGUUCGUGAAAAGAGUCCGAGAAAUUACCCGGAUGACGAUGAUGACAACCGCGGCCACUGCUGCUACCCAACAACCUUCCUCUGACCUCUUCCGUGGAUUCUCCUCGCUCUCGAACCGCCUUACAGACCGCAUCACCUCCGGCGCGCUUGGCGCGAAUUUCGACUCCUUAAUAUCCGGCGUAAAGAAUUUCCUCCCUGUAAACAAAGACCUAACUCUAACCAAAAUCACGGAAUCAAUCAUGGAUCCAGCGGGCGCAUCAAGUUCCGCGAUCGCAAAGACUGAGAACUACCUUUAUUUCGAUCCACGCAGCGCGAAUGCACGAGGCGCCGUACCCCCCGCGGCCUCGAUUCGUAAUCAACAAAGUGGUCCCGCACCCGGCAGUGGCGCGAGUUUCGGCCAACGGCGACAGGGAUUCAGCGAAGCGAUCGUCUUCACGGUGGGAGGUGGGAGUAUGGAUGAAUAUGGCAAUCUUCAAGAUUGGGCACAUCGAACAGGGAGGGGAACCUUAGCAGGUGCUGGCCCGCUGAGCGGCUCUUCGAACACAGUUGGCGGAUCCGGCAGUGGUGGAGGAUCAGGGCCAUCUGGCGCCACGUCACGACGAAUUGUAUACGGGAGCACGGAUCUAGUCAAUGCGACGGAGUUCUUGACAGAGGCGUUAGGGAAACUCGGGAAAGAAGGCUGA